AUUCAUUCGCGUUCGUGUUUCGGAGGCACGUGAUACCACAACUUGUACUCCAACCCUGAGGUUGCUCGCGUGGCCGUAGAGAUAUGUCGGUAUUUCAUUUGUUGCCGACGUGACCAUCCGUCAACAACCCGGUCAUAAAGAGCUUGACCUUGAGCAGCGGAAAACAUAUCUCAUACCAACUGCUGCCACUCAACUUGGCUCACCUUCCAAGCUUCCUUCCGUUGAUUAAUACGGCGUCUUCCUUCCUUUCACUAUUCUUCUGGACCCGGCUUACUUAUCCCUUCUGUCUUCUUUCACUCCAAUGCGCACGUCAAGAUCACGAUCCACGACCAUUACGACGCCCACCUAUAAUAAUGAACUGACCGACCAGAACACACCAGCACGUCCAUCCUCGCCUAUGCCCGCGAAACACGACACCACGCUCGAUGCCGUCCUGGACCGUUUCCAGCGGUUGUCCUGCACCACCGAGCCGCGCACCCCUCUCUCACCACUGGGGCCGCCAUUCGUUCUGGACGACCUCGACAUGAAGCCUUUCCACACCCAACGCCUAGGGCAUUGUAACGCACUCGACCUCUCCCCCCAGUCCUCCGUCUCCUCGCGUAGCAGCCUCAGCUCGGCUUCGUCCGUCGGCACGCUCUUCGACGCAUUCGUGCGCACGCAAUCGAGGGUGGUCCGGUGCUUCAACCUACCUCCGGCGCCCCACGCGCUGCUCUCCUCCGUGUUGUUUCAGACGGGCCUGGACCCGGCGACAAUGUGGGUCCUCCGAGUCCCCACAGCCGAUCUCGAUGUCUGGAUGGUAUUUCAAACGCAUGCCGAGGCAUGCGCUGCUCUUUCCCUCUCCUCGUCUCGCAUGUCGGUCGCACCCGCCCUUGAAUCCGAUUUGGAGCCGCUUUCCAUGCUUAAGCGAUUUGAGCUUGGGUCUAAUGCCAUGCCUGCCCAAGUCUAUAUGAGUGGUCCUCAACGCGUGAUUCGGCCCUCGAUGCACGUCCUAGGUGGCAACACAGCGGACCAUCAUGCAGCUAGUGGCGCGUCCACCUCAGCGGAAGAAUACACGAUGUCGAGCAACCCACCCAACCCACGCACCAGUUUCCGCAUGGGGGAUUGGAUAUGUCGCUCACCGAACUGUGCCGCGCAUAAUUUUGGACGUAACGUGGCAUGCAUCGGCUGUGGAUGCGCUCGUUCGACUGCUCCCGGACAUAGCGCCACCGCCCACGAUCACAAUCAGCAUCCAUAUCAUGGGCCUCAGUACACCUCGUCGACUCCUCGCUCGCCACUUUCCCCGCGUUUCGCUGCUGCCUCCAACAUGAGUUUCCAGCCUCCCUACCCGCAGUCGUCCCCCGCUCCCGCCCCCCGCCAAGUCCCAGGCUACAUGCAGCCAGUGCUCCACCUCCCGCUUCCCGCUGCGCUUGCGACUGUCGCGGCGCGCCAAGCGUCCUCUCCGCACCCGCUCCUCACACCGUCCGGGCGGGCGUUCGCCGUCGGGGGUAAGGUUCAGAACGUGUCGACGGACCCGCUUUCGCCGUGCAUCAUGUACUGGCCCGACAACGAGCCCCUUCCGGAGCAAGGGCAAAUUCGCCCGGGGUCUUUGACAGGUAUCACCCAACCACCGAUCCUAAACACUGGCAACAAAGGCCCGAUAUCCCACCAACCGGGAGAUUGGAUUUGUCAGAAGUGCAAUUACUUGAACUGGCGCCGCCGGAAGGUCUGCCAGACUUGUCUGCCAUAUGCAGAAGGAAAUGGAGAUUCGGUAUCGGCCUCAGUUCAGGCUGAACGUAUCGCGCUGUUGACCUCGGCACUCGUCCGAUCCCAAUCUCCGGCGGCGCUUCCUCACCAUGUUGGACGGUCGCAGUCUGCGACGCCGGCCCAGGUCCAGCGUCCAUUUGUGAACGUAUCCCCGCCGCAGCCAAUCAGAGCCCCGGUGCAUCGCUCGCAGUCGCACAUCGAACUCGGAAGUCACUAUAUGCAGACCCACCCGAUCUACCAGACGGCGAUCGCAUCGCCGCAGCGCCAGCCUCGUCUGCCCAGCCCGUUGCAGCGUCAUGCCUUGACAUUCGGCACGGAGGGACUCGAUCUGCAUGCCCCGGCACCGCUUCUGCCGUCUUUCCUUCAAGACAUCGUUCAGUCCCCGACGCUCUCGCCGUCGUCGACAUCGUCUGCGGAUCUCUCGUUGGAAGAGUACGAAGACAGCCUCCCGUCGUCUACCAAGUCGACUUUCUCACAGUCGGGCGCGGAUUCUGUCAACGCCUCGCCGCUUGCCAAUAUCUGGCGUUUGGACGGGGAGGAGAGCCGGUGUCUCAAGACGGGAUUCCUUGGCAGCGCGUCGAGCAGUCGGAACAGCAGCCUUGAGCGGCUUCGUUUGCAUUCAUCUUAAUCGGACUAUCAGCAUCACAUUGACAUUGGAAUCAUUCUGCAUCUUGACCUUCAGCGCGUCGUGGAACGGCCGGAAUUUGUUUUGUGGAUCAACCGGGCCGUGCGAGCAUGCCUGUGGCUUCUGUGGCGGUUUCGCCCUUGCUCCCCCCAAAAAAUGAGCGCGCGCUGCCCACGGUCAUCCACGUUUGGAAUUUUGGAAUUUCUGGUCUGGUAUACCAUUCCCACCUAAUCUACUUGCACACAUCCCCCCAAGCUAAUGCCCCCUGUUGUCCUGACGGCCACAUUCAUACAUAUAUCUUACAUACACAGCAUCUGCGCCACGUCUUGUACUCGAAUCAUGUGUUAAUACCGCCUCAUGUAUCUUAGUCGUUAUCUUGCUGCUCUGAUUGUUUCUCGAGUUUCAGCCACAUUCCGGCACUGCCACGGUCCAAGCGUGAGAUAGCCUGCCACAUAUGGCAAAUAUGGUGGCAUCAUGGCUGCGCUUCCAUUGAUCCCUGAGGUCGAUUGUUGCGAAGAUGAGUACCGUGUAUGAUGUGUAUCGUGUAUACAUGAUGUAGCUGGAUCUGCUGUCUGUCGCUCUAGAUCAAACGUCCACAAGUACAUUCACCUGACACGUCGUAGCGGCUCGAGUUUGGGCUCCGCGCGUCCCGGGGUGCGGGUGUUGCUUCCGCGCAUCUCCCGCUCGGAUGGCCAGGUAGGGUAACUGUCCUUGGCAUCAUAGGGCAGCACGUCGUACCCAGCAUGCUCCAGCCGCGCUUCGUGCUGGUGCGGUUGCGGGUGCAAUCUUGCAGAAGACGACGAGCUCGCUUGCGAUGCACUGCCACUGGGUGGCCAGGACGGGAGUGCGUCCUUGGCGUCGUAUGUCAUCACGGAAUACCCGCCUUGCUCCAAGCCUGACACAUCCCGGCGAGCGGGGGGCCGGUUUGGUAGCGCAUCGAUUGGACAGGGCGGAGUGCUUCUGCUUCGUCCGAACGUCGGGAGGCAGCUGCCCUGCUCGGUCACAGAAGCUGAAUCAGACGCAAGCUCAGGCGGCAGUGGCGCGGUUGGCCUCCGACGCGGGGGAAGAGGCGGGGGAGUCCGCGGAGCAGUCGCCGCCGACGGCGGGAAAUACGACUCGGGUACGGGAACAGUGAGAUAUGCACCCGGGCUGCGGGGAUAUACACUGACUGUGGCCGACGUCUGCGCGCUGAACGUGGGACGAGGGUACACUGUGUUCGUAGACGACGUCGACGCCGACGCCGACCUGUUCGUCAUAAAUGCGGGCGAGAUGCGAUCGCUCCCGUCUUUGCGUCUGCUGCUGGGAUCUACGCCGGCUCCGAGACCCGCAAAACCUGGGUCCGGGGCAUCUUCCGGCGGCGUUCCAUGCGCUGAUUGCGGUCCAACGGGAUCCUCGUAGAAUUUGUCGAACGGCGUGGAUCGCGUGGACGGAUUGCGGUGCGGAUUUUGUGGCUGCGGGCCGACGGGGAUCCCCGAGAAGGAGCGGCGGUACCAGCCCGAGAGAGAUGCCGAGCGCGGACGCUCGUCAUACUGCGAGAUCGGUCGGGAGUUUUGCUGUCCAGAGUUAAGAGGUGCGGCUGUGAAACGCGUUUGCUCUCAUCAGAGACCCGAAUGUCGCUGAAGCUCACGCGGGAGAUCCGUGGGCACACCCCUGAUUCUCGCCAAACCCUGGGCAAUUUGGUGUCUGCCGCGGCCUGCGAUCUCAUCGCUCGACGAGAAUCUGUGGGGCCCAAAAUCGCUUGCGCCGAGCGUUCCACGGAGCGUGUCUGUAAGCCCUUGUCCGAUCUGAACCGCGCCGCGAAUCUUCGUGCUCCAGCUGACAUUGGUCGAGUUACGAGACAACCCGGGAUUGGGACGCGUGAAGGCGUCGCCACCAUCGUUGUACGGUCUGUACAUGAGAGUCUCUGUCUGAGAUGCGAGUGGGUUCAGUGGGGCCUUCCCUUUGAGGUCAUAGGACGCGUCUUGACAUCAUCACCAGAAGGACACGGUCACCUGAUCGAUAUUCAUCACUCUCGAGUAUCCUCCAGUCCUGGUUUCUUUGCAUACUUUACAAACCCGCCGUGUAGAACCGUAGGUACUUAUUUACGCGCAAGACACGAACGCGGUCACGUGAAGCGAUUGAGGAACAGGCAACCAUUGCCAAGGAAGCGUCAACACUACGAAGACCCAUUCUCUUUUCCGAAAUGAGCUUUAGGUAAUCAGGCAAACUUAUGUCCGACCCCGGACGGAUCUCCCAGAA